AGCUCAACCAACAAUCUACCCUCGUCCCUCCCGUCAUAUUACCACGCUCGUGCGGGAGACUGCCCUGCUCGCAGACAGCUUCAUCAGGUAUUGGGUGUCGUCGCCGAACUUUAGAAACGAGUCAAAGCUACGCCAACGACACAACGCAUCAUCAUGGCGGCGUCACUCUUGACGCCAGCUACGCCCGCUACAAAUAAGGAGAACCUCAUCCCACGAAGCCGGUUUCCAAAUCCGCAGUCCCUUGAACGUUUGCACAAGCCGUUCAAGUGCCCCGGCUCUGCGACGCGUUCUGUAGCCACUAAUCGCCCGGCCCGGAAGAGGAGGAAAAUUGAUUAUGCCGGUGCAGACGGGGAUACGGACGCUGACAAGCCCUACACCAACGCUGAUCGGCUUGCUCUGGCCAACCGAGAGGCCAAUAAAUUCCCCGUCUUCCAGGCCAAGGACAAGGACACUGUCUUUCGCAAGGCCUUUUCCGUUCCUUUUGUCAACAAGAGCCACCCCGCAUACAAUCCGAACCGGCCGCCUCCAACGCUGGGGCUGAGACAGGGCGCGGUCUUCACCCCGAAGCCGCUGCAUGAUCCGUGUGACGAGUUCGCCAUUGUGCUCUAUGACCCAACCAUCGAUGACAAGCCCAAGGAGACACCAAAGCCCGAUGAGAAUGAGAAGGAGGCGGAGCCGGCGACCAAGCUUGAUGCACCGUUGAUGCAUAAGAGCCUCGCCGAGAUCCUGGGAAUAAAAAAGAAGGUCGCGAGCGAACAUCCCAGGGUCCCUGUUGUCAUCGACCCGAGACUAGCCAAGGUACUUCGGCCGCAUCAGGUCGACGGCGUCAAGUUCAUGUACAGGUGUGUGACGGGUAUGAUUGACGAAAAGGCAAAUGGAUGUAUUAUGGCGGACGAGAUGGGUCUCGGCAAAACGCUGCAAUGCAUCACCCUUCUGUGGACCCUGCUGAAGCAGUCUCCCGAGGCCGGCAAGACAACCAUCCAGAAGGCCAUCGUGGCCUGUCCGUCAAGUUUGGUGCACAACUGGGCGACGGAACUCACCAUAUGGCUGGGUGCCGACGCGAUCACGCCUUUCGUUAUUGACGGCAAGGCGUCGAAGGAAGAGCUGACCCGGCAGCUUCGCCAAUGGGCUAUUGCCAGCGGCCGUUCCGUCACCCGACCAGUCAUGAUCGUCUCCUAUGAGACCCUCCGGUUGAAUGUCGAGGAGCUGAAAAAUACGCCCAUCGGCCUCAUGUUGUGCGACGAAGGUCACCGACUCAAGAACGGGGACAGCCAGACUUUCAAUGCCCUGAACAACCUCAACGUCUCCCGUCGCGUCAUCCUGUCCGGUACCCCGAUUCAGAACGACCUGUCUGAAUACUUCUCUCUCAUUAGCUUUGCCAACCCCGAUCUUCUCGGCAGUCGCCUCGAGUUCCGCAAGCGCUUCGAACUCCCAAUUCUGCGCGGCCGCGACGCUGACGCCUCGGAGGCCGAGAGGAAGCGGGGCGACGAGUGCCUUGCCGAGUUGCUCGCCAUCGUCAACAAGUUCAUCAUCCGCCGCACGAACGACAUCCUCUCUAAGUACCUUCCUGUCAAGUAUGAGCACGUGGUGUUCUGCAACCUCGCUCCGUUCCAGCUGGCGCUCUACAACUACUUCAUCACAUCACCGGACAUCCAAGCCUUGCUCCGUGGCAAAGGCUCCCAGCCGCUCAAGGCCAUCGGAAUCCUCAAAAAGCUAUGCAACCAUCCUGACCUCUUAGACCUUGCGGCCGACUUACCAGGCUGCGAAAAGUUCUGGCCAGACGACUACGUGCCCAAGGAGGCUCGAGGCCGCGACCGCGACAUCAAACCAUGGUAUUCGGGCAAGAUGCAGGUUCUAGACCGCAUGCUGGCCCGCAUCCGCGCCGACACCAACGACAAGAUUGUGCUCAUCAGCAACUACACCCAGACGCUCGACCUGUUUGAGCGCCUUUGCCGAUCCCGCAGCUACGGCUGCCUCCGCCUCGACGGCACAAUGAACGUCAACAAGCGCAAAAAGCUGGUCGACAAGUUCAACGACCCUAACGGCAACGAGUUCGUCUUCCUGCUCUCCUCCAAAGCAGGCGGCUGCGGCCUGAACCUGAUCGGCGCCAACCGGCUUGUCCUGUUCGACCCGGACUGGAACCCGGCGGCGGACCAGCAGGCGCUCGCCCGUGUGUGGCGCGACGGGCAAAAGAAAGACUGCUUCGUCUACCGCUUCAUCGCCACCGGCACGAUUGAGGAGAAGAUCUUCCAGCGACAGAGCCACAAGCAGAGCCUGAGCUCGUGCGUCGUGGACUCGGCCGAGGACGUGGAGCGCCAUUUCAGUCUGGACUCGCUGCGGGAGCUGUUCCAGUACAGGGGGGACACGCGGAGCGACACGCACGACACGUUCAAGUGCAAGCGCUGUCGACCGGACGGACGGCAGCAUAUCAAGGCGCAAGCGAUGCUGUAUGGCGAUACUAGCACGUGGAACCACUUUGUGAAUGAGGGGCUGAAGGGGAUCCAGGAUCAUUUGCUGAAGCAGGAGAGCGGUGAGAGGGAAGUCAGCGCGGUGUUCCAGUACAUUUCUCAUUAGGGGUCUUGUUCCUGUAGGUAUGGAGGUGUUGCUGGCUGGGAGGGUUCGAAUGCAAGGCUCGGCGUAUGUUUUGCUUGGAGUCAAGGACUGUUGAGACAUCUCGAGGAUUUGCAGCUUGCUAUGGUCCGCUGGCAGAUGCUGCAAUGGAGAAGAUGGAGUUGGUGGACCACGUGGUGAAGAGCUACUAGUAGUUGAUCAACACCGAGUUCGGUGUCCCACACUCGGGACACUCCGGGUAAACGACCGCGUUGGGUUGACGUGAACUGUCUGCCGGGUCUGGGGGAGCAAACGAAUUGUGCAUAGUCCCGUAGAAUACAACUUGGCUUACUCCGUAUGAUCCGGUACGCGAGGCGCAGAACUGCCUAAAGCCUCCGUAGAUAUCCGUCGUACCUUAGAAGUUGUUCGGUUGAUGAUCGGCUUUAACUUCCUCGCUGUGUCUAAAACGGCAAGUAUAUCCGCUGUAU